AUGGAGUGCCUAAAGUCCUCCGCCUUGAUUCCUGGAGAACCAGAAUACAAAAGUGAAUUUAACUUGCUAAAUAUGCUACUGAUGAAGGUCCCCAAAGACGUUGACCUUCUGCCAAUUUUAAACAUUAAACCACUGCAACCACGCCAUAGUUCAGCAUUACAGGAGUUACACCUCGAACUCUUUCCAGUUCACUACGAUCCCAGCUUUUUUGAAGUAGCUUGCUCUACCGAGUGCGGGUUUUACGAUAGUCAGUCGUUCUGGGACAUGUUUGACUCAUCAUCAAAUAAUACAAGAGACUUGGAUUGGUAUGAGAAUCAGAUACUGUCAUUCGGCUUAUUCUUGCCCCGCAGCUAUGUAAGUUUUUUUAGAAAAUUCGGCAAAUACGAUAUUGAAUCUUAUUUGGAAUACAUUUCCAACGAAGAUGAUUUCACUGAAUUUGACGACCCGCUGGCCGAAAUGUUAAUAUUUGAUCCUGAAUAUGACGAAUUUCUGAUUGGAUUCGUAACCCUUUUGAUUAAUUUGGAGGUCACAAAUAAGCUAAUCUCAGACGACGAUUAUAAUAUUUUGUAUACACACUAUCACAAUAACAUGGAAAACAACUCACUUCUCAGCAACGAGAUAAACAUAAAUCUAGACAAGUUUGACGUUUCUUACUACAGUUUCAUCUAUAAUCAGCUGUACAAUAACAAGUUACUCAUUGAAUACACCAGGAAAUUUCAGAUUAAGGACGCAAAGACCAUUUAUAUUUUAAGCACUGGAAUCACUCUGGGAUUGAGGCGCAGGUCUCUUGGAACUCACUUGAUUUUAUUCACUCAAAUCCUUAUUUACUUCAUUAACUAUAGCAUAAUAGUGUUUGAGGGUUACUAUUACAUUCUUCGCUCCAGGGACGUUUUGGACACCAUCAAGAACUAUUACAACAAAUUGUUCUUCAAGGACAACUAUAACUUACUAUACUCGUUCUAUACUCUUGUGUUGAAUGAUAAUAGUAUUUGUCCUAGGAAAACUACUGACGAGUUGGAUUCCAUAAUUCAAGCCAAGCUUGGCGAACCCACUAGUAAUCUCAUCCUUAAUUCUAACUGUGACCAGGAUUCUAAUCACAACUCAGUCUCCUGUGUUAACAACAUACCUCUGGUAAUAUAUUUGCACACGAUUUACUACAAUGAAGUUGCCACUGAAAUGUACAAGAAGCUUCACUUUUACAACAUCACCACCAUUCCUAACUACUACAGCAUUAACAACAAGAAAUACAACGCUAACUUUUUAGCCUAUUUUUUACCAAAGCCUUAA